UAUCUGUGGAGCUGAUCGCGCGAGGUCGAAACUGACAACUGCUCAGCCCUCCGACCCAACAGGUGUCUCCUUCAGAUCCGGCACUUCUCCGGGCUUCUCGACUCGAACCUAACGUUUGCUUUCAAGUAGAAUCGAGGGAACGUCGUUUCCGACCCUUUAGACUAUCCAGAUGAUGCACUCGGCGCAGAAGGACACCACGUACACCAAGAUCUUCGUGGGGGGUCUGCCCUACCACACCACGGACUCCAGCCUCAGGAAGUACUUCGAGGUGUACGGAGACAUCGAGGAGGCGGUGGUCAUCACCGACCGGCAGACUGGAAAGUCCAGGGGCUAUGGAUUCGUGACCAUGGCAGAUCGGACCUCAGCUGACCGGGCCUGUAAGGAUCCCAACCCCAUUAUUGAUGGCAGGAAAGCCAAUGUGAACCUCGCCUACCUGGGGGCUAAGCCCAGAGUCAUGCAGCCAGGCUUCACAUUUGGCGUUCCCCAGAUCCAUCCAGCAUUCAUCCAAAGACCCUAUGGGAUCCCCGCCCACUACGUUUACCCGCAGGCCUUCAUGCAGCCCAGCAUGGUGAUCCCUCACGUUCAGCAGACUGCUGCCACGGCAACAGCCGCCGCGGCAGCUAGCUCCCAAUACCUGGACUACACCGGCGCGGCGUACGCUCAAUACUCCGCCGCCGCCACCGCCGCCGCUGCUGCCGCCGCUUACGACCAGUACCCCUACGCUGCCUCGCCGGCGCCCACCAGCUACAUGGCGGGCUACGGCUACGCCAUGCAGCAGCCCCUGGCAACCGCAGCAACCCCUGGGGCCGCCGCCGCCGCCGCAGCAUUCGGCCAGUACCAGCCACAGACAGACCGCAUGCAGUAAGGAUCGAGUGGCACCCCCCCCUCCCCCCAUCUCAGGACAGUGCAAUCGGAGGAGAGAGCAGGGGGAAAGACAGGGGUUAGUAAUGGCCGCCAGCCACCAAAGAGCUAGCUGUUAACCAAAGAGCCAGAGGAAACAACAGACACCAGGAGCUACUCUUUCAUGUUAUUCAAAUACGAACAGACCUAGGAGUAUUUGGAUGAUGAUGUGUGAAUAUUUAUUAUUUGUUAGAUUUGGGGAAAUAUUUAAGAAAUGUUAAUAACCUUUAGAGAACAGAAAAGAGUCAUUGCUGUAUUAAGAUUUAAUGUGGCAUUAAAAAGUGUAAGGAAUACUUCACACCUCUGAAUGCAUUCAGAGGUGCAUUCGAGUCUUAUGUUAAGGGAUUUUUUUUUGUACCCUCCUACAGGCUUUUGAAAACCAUCCGUAAAAAAGAAAAACCCACUCUAUGAAUGUAUCCCAAUACAGCUUUCAGUAUUCUAUAGUUUUAAACCACUAUUUUAUUUGGCUAGGCUAUGCAAUUAUAAUGAUCUAUGGUCAGUGUUCAUAUUGUACGUGUUAUUUUUACAAAUGUGUUCGCAGCAAGACAGAUUGUGAUGCUUCAGUUUAUAAUGACUUCUCAUCAGGUGGAUUCACUGUGCAUCAGUAAGGUGACAAAGCUGAGCUGACGUUUGAAUCACUCACCCCCGGUUACUACUGAACAGGGCAUAAGGGGGUUUGAAACGUGAAUCUUUGACAUCAGUGACUCUAAUGUGCCUUCAAAAUUUGUUAUUUAUGUAUUUAUUAUGAAGCUCUACAUUUAAGAAAAAACUGUAAAAUGUCUACAAGUGUUACUCCAGCUCUUAUGUUUGUUGACAGGUCAGGGUCACCUCCCCUAAUGUUCAUUAGGGGAUGACGGUAGCAAUAAAUCCCAAAUUCCUUA